GUUCAAGAUUGAAAGACUUGCCGUUGUGAGAAUAACAUCAUACUGGGUUUGUUUGAGUCUCAUUUAAUGUGAAGUUCUCUCUUCUGUCGAAGGAACACGUUUACAUGGUAGUUUUAUAAAGGCCGCCAGGUGCGUCUCUGAAAAAAGAGAACAUGGGUCGCUUUCUGAACGUCCUGCGGAGCUGGCUGUUGAUGGUCUCGGUCAUCGCGAUGGGAAACACCGUGCAAAGCUUCCGAGAUCACAGUUUUUUAUCAGAGAAGCUCUACACAGGCACGCCAGAGUUUGUUAAUGGUCUCCAAGCUCGAACAUUUGGAAUUUGGACGUUACUGUCAUCGAUCAUCCGCUGUUCCUGUGCCAUUGAUAUCCAGAACAAAACGCUCUAUCACAUCACCUUAUGGACAUUUGUGCUGGCGUUAGGCCACUUCCUGUCCGAAGCCUUCAUCUACAAAACUGCUCCUCUGACCAUCGGGGUCAUGGCUCCUCUCAUUGUGGCAAGUUUCUCCAUCAUAGGAAUGCUGAUUGGGUAUCAGUGCAUCCCAGAGUCACAAGAGCAAGUCGGAGCUCGACAGAAGAAGCGUAACUGAGUCCCGAGUUUUCCAUCGCACCUCAAAGUGACCAGCUCCGAGAGUGCUGCUGCUUGCCUUGAAGAACAUGAGAUCUGUUUGAACAUUCAUUUCUCACUGUAACCCUCUCUAUAGACUACAUAAAAUGGUGUUUUUGAAUUGACAUUUUACACUUCAGUGCAAUCAAACGGUCGGACGGAAGGUCAUGUUAGUGAUGAAUCUGUGCUGGUUAAUAACUACUUAAUUCACGAACGAUCUAUACAUGGAGGUUUCAUUUAGUUAGUAUCUUUACUGUCAGGCUAAAUGACAAUCCUCUGUAUGUGUAUACGCUCAUAAAUGAUUCCACUUCCUAUAUAUUUUAUUCAUUAUCCACCGAAGAGCACAGAUGACUCUACAGUCUAAAACUAUGCUCUUUAUUACAAUGUCUCAUAAACACAAAUAUAAAGAGUUAUUCUGUAUGUUUGUUUCGUGCUGUGAAAUGUUUGUACGCUCAAUUAUUGUCCUAUAAAACGUUUAAAAGUG